AUGUCUGAACUCAAUUUCGAUCAAUCCGGCUUUACGAGCAUCGGUUUCAUGACCCUGUACCUUAUGUAUAACCAUUAUAUAAACCCCUCCUUCCCCAUCGUCGACUCCUUGGACCUCCAACAGGUUAGAGCUACUUCAUCCCGUCUUUUUCCUGCUGACUACAAAUUUACGGCUAUAAUGUCAUAUGCUCUCCCAAACCGUACAUCUAUCCAAUCUACUCCCAACCUUCAAGCUCACUUGGCUACUCUCGAAGUCGAUGGUAUCGCCAUCGUCGGCACCAGCAAUGGGCAUAUAUAUCAUUUCCGGGCUUUCAUCUACAAUCGUGCGCUAGACUGCAGCGUUAGCUUCGAUUGUAAUCCCACCUACGAGGCCCUUGAUCCCGACAGGGCUCGCGUCGCCGUUGAUUUCAAGACAUACCUCUGGGCCAAAUCCCAAAACACCUCGCCCGGACAAAUUCCCCCAUCCACCGGCGCCUUCGAAGUCAAACUCCAGACGUCAACAAAGGUAUGGAAGAUCUGCAACGUAGUAUUCAACACUCUCAAGAGAGACCAAUAUCGAUUCAAUGGUGGUAUGGGAUGCAGACAUUGGUGUGCUAUCAUCCUCGGUGAUCUGGAGGUGUACGGGUAUGUUCCGCGUGGUACUACCGUGCAGUUUGAGGCAUGGGAACAAGCCAAGUGCAGAGAGGUUGGCGUUGCCGCUUUCAUCCAUCCUCGUGUAGAAGGCGCUUUCUAUAAUUGAGUUUUCCAC